AUGGACCCCGAGGCAGCGGCCGAUCGACUGCAGGCGGAAGAGGGAAAAGAGCGACUUCGCCAGAUUCAAGAAUCGAUUCCGGACGACAAGGUUUCACGGCUCAUGGAGUACGGUGCCGUGAUCUCGUUCGAGACCGCAGAAGGCAAGAAAGAAGGCUGGCUUCGCCGAAGCGACGCACCAUCAAGGAAUGAGCAUUGUCUCGUGAAGAUCGUAGGUACCUUGGAAAAGAUGUUCAAGCUGACUCUCUGCCAAGUGGAUCAAGAGACUGCGGAGGACACGUUCUGCAAGCAUGCUGGGGCGCUCCCGGCAACGCAUGACAGGUCCUUUGACAGCAGCCCGGCAACAACAGAAGAGGAACAGCCUUGCGACCUGGACGAUGCCCACAAGUCUGAAAGCUUGUUGAGGAGUGACGAGUCUGGUUACUGGGAUGAUGCUGACUGGAACGACUGGUACGGGCCCUUCCGGCGUGUUGCUUUUUGCUGCGUUUUGCUUGUGUGCCCGCAAUCAGUCCCUUUGAUUGGAGGGCGUGCUAUUUUUUAUCGCCCUGUCUCCUGGCCGGGCCGAUUCAGGAACUUCUCCCGAGUCAGAAACUUUUAG